GAAAAAUAACUUAUACGCUAGUAAAAUAAGUUAUACACAAGUGUGAUUACUCAAUACUAAAUCUUUGGUUGAACCUGGUAGGACUUGUAAAACCCCACCUCCUCACUCGCCAGUCGCCACCACAGUAGCAGCAACAACAGCCAAACACUUUUCAGUCGAAAAUGGGUGAUAUUCUAGAAACUCUAGGAGACUUCACAAGCAAAGAAAAUUGGGACAAUUUCUUCACCAUUUGUCCCGAUUCUUUCGAAUGGUACGCCGAAUGGCCCAACCUAAGGGACCCACUCAUCUCCCUCCUCCAAACCCUAACUCCUUCCUCGCCGCCGUCGUCUCUCCAACUUCUCGUCCCCGGUUGUGGCAACUCCCGUCUCUCCGAACACCUUUAUGAUGCUGGUUACACUUCCAUUACUAACAUUGAUUUCUCUAAACUCGUCAUUUCCGAUAUGCUCCGCCGUAACAUCCGUUCUCGACCGCUUAUGCGUUGGCGUGUAAUGGAUAUGACUUCCAUGCAGUUUGAAGAUGAGGCUUUUGCUGCUGUUGUUGAUAAAGGUGGAUUGGAUGCUUUAAUGGAACCUAAGCUUGGUCCUGAUUUCGAUUUGGGAAAUCAGUAUCUAUUAGAGGUUAAGAGAGUUUUAAAACCCGGUGGAAAGUUUGUGUGCCUUACCUUGGCCGAAUCUUACGUACUAGAUAUACUUUUCUCAAAGUUUCGACUUGGGUGGAAAAUGAGCGUUGAUGCCAUACCUUUGAACUCUUCUAGUGAAUCUAACCAUCAAACAUUUAUGGUGGUUGUGGAGAAGGAGCUGUCUACUACAGUACACCAGAUUACAUCAUUACUUCGUAAUGCUUCUCUUAAUUGUAAUUCAAAACAGGCUUCUGGACUCCGGGAUGCUCUUCAAAAUGAAAACCAAGUUCGUGAAAAAUUAUCCAGUAGCUCUGAUACAUUAUACGCCGUGGAAGAUCUGCAAGAAGAGCUGGCAAAAAUUUCCCAAGGUCGGCGAUUGCAGCUAACUCUGGGUGGCCAAGGGUGCUCUAUUUUCUCUUAUAGAGCUGUAGUCCUUGAUGCUGAGGAACUGUCUGACCCAUUUACAUAUCACUGUGGAGUUUUCAUUGUGCCUAAGAUUCGUGCUUGCGAGUGGCUCUUCUUUUCUGAAGAAGGACAAUGGAUGGUGGUCAGAAGCUCCAAAGCAGCUCGUCUCAUAAUGGUUUUCUUGGACACCAGCCAUACUAAUGCCAGCAUGGAUGAGAUUCAGAAGGAUUUAUCUCCAUUGGUUAAACAGUUGGAACCUAAAGAGAACUCGAAUGAAGCUCAAAUACCUUUCUUGAUGGCAAGUGAUGGGAUCAAGAAGCGAAACAUUGUUCACCAGAUCACAUCUCCUUUAACCGGAUCAAUUAUUGUUGAAGAUGUAGUUUAUGAAAACGUGGAUGAAGAAAUCAGUUGCGCCUUUCCUUCUGGAGAGUUGAUGUUUCGACGCCUUGUUUUUGAAAGAGCUGCAAAUUUGGUUCAGUCUGAAGCUUUGCUAACCACAAAAUUGGUUGGUGAGAAAAAAAACAACUCAUCCUCUAAAUCUAAGAAAAGGGGGUCUCAAAGACGGAAUGAUGGAGCAUAUAACCAGAUGACUGUCUAUCAUGGCUAUUUAGCUAGUUCUUAUCAUACAGGGAUUAUUUCAGGAUUCACGUUAAUAUCCUCUUACAUGAAAAAUGUGGCAUCAAGUGGGAAAAUGGUAAAAGCUGUAAUCAUAGGUCUUGGAGCAGGUCUACUUCCUAUGUUUCUUCACGGGUGUAUCCCUGUUUUGGAAAUUGAGGCAGUGGAGUUAGACCCUGUAAUUGUUGAUAUUGCAAGGGAGCACUUCAGUUUUGUUGAGGAUAAACGCUUAAAGGUACAUAUAGCUGAUGGGAUCCAGUUUGUUCGAGAGAAUGCUAGUUCUGGAGCAGCUCAGUCUCACAGCAAAAGUUCCGAGUCUCCUUCAAAUGGUAGUUCAACUACUCAUGCAGAAGAUGUAAAAGCUACAAAAGUUGAUAUAAUUAUUAUUGAUGUCGACUCUUCAGACUCAAGCUCUGGACUGGCAUGUCCUGCCCUAGACUUUUUGGACGAAUCUUUUCUUGAGACUGUAAAGGACAAACUUUCAGAGCAAGGACUCUUUGUUGUCAAUUUGGUGUCACGGUCCCAAGCCAUCAAGGACAUGGUUCUCUUGAGAAUGAAAAAGGUCUUCAGCCACCUCUUUUGCCUCCAGCAUGAUGAGGAUGUAAAUGAGAUCCAUUUUGCUCUAAAAUCAGAAUCAUGUAUUGAGGAUCACUGCUUUUCCGAAGCUACUCUUAAACUUGAUAAAUUGUUAAAGUUCGAUCACCCGGAAAUAGGUCAGAAGAUUAUUAAUGCUACAAAGAAGAUCAAGCGUUUGAAGUGAAACACAGCUAUCCUUCCUAACUGUUUUUACGUGCAUGAAACUUAUCUAUGAGGGAGAAAGUGAUUUUAUAGAGCCAAAUAUUUGUCACUGAUCUGCUCAUUGGAUUCUUAACCUAGUAUCAAUCAACUACUUGUCCGGCAAUAUAUAACUUAAUUUUGGGAUAUUAUUUUGUGGGGUUUUUUUUUUUUUUCUAGAUGUCCGCGUAUAAAUUGUUGUACCUCAAUUUCCAGAAGAUGAAUAAUGUUUAGGUCAUUUUUCUGGAUUUUAUAAGAAUGUCUUGUGGCCGUUAUUAGCAACUGGCAAUCCUCAAUGGUGUAGAGAAAUGAGAGAAUUCAUUAUUUGAAUUA